AGAAAAUGGGGAAGAAGAGCCGAGUGAAAACGCAAAAAUCAGGCACCGGUGCAUCAGCUAGUGUGUCCCCCAAGGAGACCUUGAACCUAACCAGCGAGCUGCUGCAGAAAUGCAGCAGCCCCGCGCCCGGCCCGGGGAAGGAGUGGGAGGAGUACGUGCAGAUCCGCUCUCUGGUGGAGAAAAUACGGAAAAAACAGAAAGGUCUGUCUGUUACUUUCGAUGGGAAAAGAGAAGAUUACUUUCCUGAUCUGAUGAAAUGGGCCUCUGAAAACGGAGCUUCCGUGGAGGGUUUUGAAAUGGUUAACUUCAAAGAAGAGAGCUUUGGUUUGAGGGCGACCAGAGAUAUCAAGGCAGAAGAAUUAUUUUUAUGGGUGCCACGGAAAUUACUGAUGACCGUGGAGUCUGCUAAAAAUUCAGUGUUGGGGCCCUUAUAUUCUCAAGACCGAAUUCUUCAAGCCAUGGGCAACAUCACCCUGGCCUUCCACCUGCUGUGUGAGCGAGCCGACCCCAACUCCUUCUGGCAGCCCUACAUCCAGACCCUGCCCAGCGAGUACGACACCCCGCUCUACUUCGAGGAAGACGAAGUCCGAUACCUGCAGUCGACCCAAGCCAUCCACGACGUCUUCAGCCAGUACAAGAACACGGCGCGCCAGUACGCCUACUUCUACAAGGUCAUCCAGACCCAUCCUCAUGCCAACAAACUGCCCUUGAAGGAUUCUUUCACUUACGAGGACUACAGGUGGGCCGUCUCCUCUGUGAUGACUCGGCAAAACCAGAUCCCCACGGAGGAUGGUUCCCGGGUGACGCUGGCGCUGAUCCCGCUGUGGGACAUGUGCAACCACACCAGCGGCCUGAUCACCACCGGCUACAACCUGGAGGAUGACCGCUGCGAGUGUGUGGCCCUGCGGGACUUCCGCGCCGGCGAGCAGAUUUACAUUUUUUAUGGCACCCGGUCAAAUGCAGAGUUUGUGAUCCACAGUGGUUUUUUCUUUGACAAUAAUUCACACGACAGAGUGAAAAUAAAGCUGGGAGUGAGCAAGAGCGACAGGCUCUACGCCAUGAAGGCUGAGGUCCUGGCGCGGGCCGGCAUCCCCACGUCCAGCGUCUUCGCUUUGCACUUUACGGAGCCACCGAUCUCCGCCCAGCUCCUGGCUUUCCUCCGGGUGUUCUGCAUGACCGAAGAAGAGCUGAAGGGACAUUUGCUCGGAGACAAUGCGAUCGACAGAGUCUUCACCCUGGGUAACUCCGAGUACCCCGUCAGCUGGGACAACGAGGUCAAACUGUGGACGUUUCUCGAAGACCGAGCCGCUCUUCUUCUAAAGACAUACAAAACCACCAUUGAGGAGGACAGGGCCUUCUUGAAAAACCAGGAGCUGUCCGUGCGGGCGACGAUGGCCGUCAAGCUGCGCCUGGGCGAGAAGGAGAUCCUGGAGCGGGCCGUGAGGAGCGCGGCCGCCAACCGGGAGCACUACCGCCGGCAGAUGGAGGCCGCGGCGCCGCUCCCCAAGUACGAGGAGAGCGGCCUGGGGCUGCUGGAGGGCGGCGGGGCGGACUCGAGGCUGCCGCUGGUGCUGCGCAGCCUGGAGGAGGAGGCCGGCGCGCAGGAGGCCCUGACCCUCUCGGAGGCCGUCAGCCGGGCCAAGGCCGCCGACGGCCAGCGGCUGCUCAACGGCCAGAACUCUGUCCCCAACGGGCCCCGGUCAGAAAAGGAGAACUUAAACCCAGAAGAAAGAAAAAGAGCGACCGAGGACGCCAAAGAAGCCGCGCCCGGCGGCGUGGCCGGAGCCGCGGGGCAGCUCUGAGGCGCAGGGCGUGGCCGAGUCCAGGAACGCCUCCCACACGCUGAGUUUCUCGUACGUUCCUCCUCCCGCGGGGAGGAAGACAUGUUUUUGCUGCUUUAUAUGAGAUGAUUUUUUUAAGUUAUUUAAAAAAUUUAGCUUCCUUGGUGAUUAAGGUUGCCACCUCGCCUCUGGGCCAAGCAGGCUGCUCACAGCGGACGGCAGAGCCUCGCGGAGGCGCCCGGAGUCUGCAGCCCGGCCGUGGGCGGGUGUGUUUUCUUCCUGGGGAAGAAUUGCCCGCCCCGGCCGCGCUCUGUGGGCCGGUCUCCACGGGUCGGGCUUCCUGCCCCUCCCGCGGCCGGCGGCGGCGGCCCCGCGGGGGGCACUGAGGCUGCGGGCCUUGAAAGCCUGGGCAAAAUCUUUUUUUUUUCCCUGAAAAACACCAGUACUAAGAGAAAAGGCGAGGUGGCAGCCUUACUUUUAAUAGUUUUGAAUGUUGAUGAUAAUCCUGAUUAUAUAAACGCGCGCGCACAGCUAGUGAUUUCUAAAGACUUGUUUACUUUUUGUGUUUGUUUCACUGUACUAAGAACUUGUCCUUCCCCCUCCUGCUCCCUGGCUCUGGGGGGCUCCUCGGCUCUUCCAGGUUCCACACCAAGCUAGAGAUUUUCAAAGCUACACUUUUGAGUAAAAGCCUUAUUAAAAGGACA